UUGGGGGGCUCGGGUUUCCACCCGCUCAGCGACCGGAAGCCGGGCGCCAGCGGGAGAGAGAAAUCGCCAUGGGUCUCCUGCGCUCGGAGCCGAUGAAGCACGGCACCCUGGUGGUGCCGGUGGACCGCGCCAGGGAGUUCGUGAACCUCAUCGGCAAGAAUACCAAGAUGCAAUUCGAGGACAUGAAUGCUCGAGACAUGCAUCGGCCCUACAAGAAGUACAUACAGCGCAUUGAUGAGAUGGAGCGCAUCAUCCGCUUCUUGCUGGAAGAGCUUACUAAGGUGCCAGGCACCUCGCUGGUGAAGAACAACGUGGACGCCUUUUUGGAGGCCGCGGACAAGUACAAGCUGGACGAGGUGGAGGCGGAGCUUCACAAGAUCCACAAGGACUUCAUCCAGUUCAAGGAGAACAACGCGAAGCUGCUGGAGAAGUGCAACGCGGCGCUGGAGGAGAAGUUCGUGAUGCAGACGGCGGAGGCCUCCAUGGGUCAGGUGGCCUCCAACCGCUCCGCGCGCGCGCCCAGGGCGGAGGAGCGCUUCGACUUUGAGACGUCGCGGCCGCUCCUGGACGAAGAGGCCAGCUCCAGCCGCAGGGGCCUGGAGACGAUGUUCAGCAACAUCGCGGGGGUGAUCCACCAGGAGGAGCAGGAUCGCUUCGCGCGCAUGCUCUUCCGGGCCACCCGAGGCAACACCUUCACCCACUUCCAGCAGAUCCCGCAGCCCAUGCAAGACCCGAAGACUGGACGCGAGGUGCACAAGUCGGUCUUCGUCAUCUACUUCCAAGACCAUCGCGGGGGAGCCGCGGCCUCCGCCAUGAGCGAGAAGAUCAACAAGAUUUGCUCCUCCUUCGGGGUGAACACCUACACGUGGCCGGGCAACCGCCAAGAGGCUGGGGAGAUGAUCAAGCACCUGAAGGAGACCGUGGAGGACCAGCAGUCCCUGCUGCAGGGCCACGAGCGCUUCGUGCGCGCCGAGGCCAAGUCCCUGCUGGAGCCUGUGGCAAGGGGCCGGGACUCCCUCAUCGAGGAGUGGAGGCUUUUCUGCAUCAAGGAGAAGGCCAUCUACGCCACGCUGAAUCUCUUUGAGGGCAACAUGAACUUGCGCGCGAACUGCUGGUACCCCCAGGAGGACGAGGACUGGAUCCGCGCCAUGUGCAUCCAGCUCAGCUCCCAGCCCGGGCACACCAGCGCCAUGCUGGUGCCUGACAAGACGCCCCCCGUGAAGAAGACUGCGCCCACCUACAUCCGGACCAACGAGUUCACCUCCAUCUUCCAGGUGCUGGUGGACACCUACGGCCUGCCGAGAUACCAAGAGGCGAACCCGGCGCUCUUCACCAUCGUGACUUUCCCUUUCCUCUUCGGCGUCAUGUACGGCGACAUCGGGCAUGGGCUUAUGUUGCUCAUGGUGGGCCUUUACGCCGUGUGGAAGGCGGACGAGCUGAAGUUCAGUCUGCCGGUGAUGCACCAGGGCAGGUACAUCCUGGUGAUGAUGGGCUUCUUCGCCGUGUACUGCGGGUUCCUGUACAACGACUUCUUCUCCAUCGGUUUGAACCUCUUCGGGUCCCGCUGGGAGCACCCGGUGGUGCCCCCGGGCACCAAGCCCGGCAGCUCCGUGGCGAUGCAGCCCACCUUCGACAAGGAGAACCGAGGCGGCCCGGGGCCCUACCCCUUCGGCAUCGACCCGGCCUGGCACGGGGCGCAGAACGAGCUGGUGUACUUGAACUCCAUGAAGAUGAAGCUCUCGGUGGUGCUGGGGGUGACCCAGAUGUUCGUAGGCCUCUUGCUGCGCUUCGCCAACGCCAUGUACGAGAAGAACACGGUGGACUUUUGCUGCGAGUGUGUUCCCAUGAUGGUCUUCAUGGUGUGCUUUUUCGGGUUCAUGGACUAUAUGGUCCUCUUCAAGUGGGUCACGCCCAUGCCGAAUCCUCCGAGCAUCAUCAACUCGAUGAUCGCCAUGGCAAUGUGGACGGAGGAUUCGAACCCGAUGUUUGGGGCCACGUUGCCGCAGAUUUUGAUGGGGACCUGCAUGUUGGCGGUGCCCUUCAUGCUGAUCCCCAAGCCCAUCAUCUUGAACAUGCGGCACCAGGCGCGGAAGCCGUCGCAGUGCUUCCGCGACGGCCGGGGAGGGCACCUGCCGCUGAGCGACGAGGAGUCGCUGAGCUUGGAGGCGGUGGAGGAGGAGGAGUUCGACCUCACCGAGUGCGCCAUCCACCAGGUCAUCGAGACCAUCGAGUAUGUGCUGGGCACCGUGUCGCACACCGCCUCGUACCUCCGGCUCUGGGCGCUGUCCUUGGCUCACCAGCAGCUGUCACUGGUUUUCUUCGGCAUGACGUUGCUGGGCGGCAUGUCUGCCCCUUUCCCGCUGAACAUCAUCACCACGUACUUUGCCUUCUCCUGCUGGUUCGGAGCCACGGUGGGCAUCCUGCUGGGCAUGGACGUGAUGGAGUGCUUCCUGCACACCUUGCGGCUGCACUGGGUGGAGUUCCAGAGCAAGUUCUACAAGGCCGACGGGCACGCCUUCGUGCCCUACUGCCAUCGGGACAUCCUGCAGAAGAAGACGGACGAGUAGCGAGUAGCGAGUACAGAACAUCGGGGCUCCGGCCAGCGAGGGGAUUUCCCGCUUGGAGUUGGUGGGAA